UCGUGUGGUUAAUCAGUUUACCAAAUAAGCUCUUAAGUGAUGGUUAAGCUAAUGAUGAGUUUUGUGUUUCUGGGGCUGCUGCUGUGCCUUGCAGCAGGCAACUCUCCGCCAAAAUUUUGGGAACGAGACCAUAUUUGCACGGAAGACAUAGAUUAUGGGCACUGCCGUGAAAAUCAGAUACGUUGGUAUUACGAUACAACGUCCAAGUCUUGCAAGGCUUUCUACUACAGUGGAUGUGGUGGAAAUUAUAAUCGAUUCUUGCGCAAAAGCGGAUGCAUGAGCUACUGCAUGGAUCCGGAUUACCCCUUGAUGGAACAGUAGAAAAUUGUAUAUGAUGGAUUGUUGGAUAACAUCAUUUAAGUAUUGUAUUCCUUAGCUAUAAAAAAUGCAGCCAAGUGGUAGCAAGUAUAUAAUUUACAUGGAUAUAUGAAAAACGAGAGAGUUAUAUAUAUGU